UUGGUUUGCCGAUGCUAUAAACUUCUUACAGUGGAUUUCAUUUAUUACGACCUUGGUUGUAGUGACCAUUUAUCUAUAGCGACGUUAAAUCUAAGUCCAUUGAAUUUAAAGCAUAUUUUAGCAGAGACCACUUCUUUCCACUUGCUACGAUCCUUACUUGUUUCGCUUCGUCCACUUUCAUUAUUCUCUUCAUACAUGCUCUACGGUUUAGGGUGCUUUUGA